UUUCACAAUCGAAGUCUCUCUCUCUCUCUCUCUCUCUCUCUCUCUCUCUCUCUCUCUCUCUCUCUCUCUCUACUCAUUAUCAGAGUUCCCAAGGCUUGUUUGGCACAAAGUGGGAUAAGUUCAUCAGCAUCUCCUGGGCGUGUGAAGAAGCUUGGUUUUGUAGCAAAAAAUUAUUGAAUAUGGCAUUGAGGCGCUACUUGGGGUUUUCAGAUGGUGAGCUGAUGAGGUCGGAUUGCAAACCGUGUUCCAGAUUGAUGAGACAGACUGCCGGGAUUUUCACAGUUGGAGGGGCAUUUGGAUUCUGGAUUCUUUGUAGAUUGCAUUAUGGUCCCAGAAUUACAAUUCCUAGGGCUCUUCGGUGGGGAGCUUGUGGAGCUUUAUCUGUGAGCUCUUCUACUGCUUUGUUGGUUCGCUUGCUUAGUCCAGAAUGUGAGCCCCAAAACAUAGAAGCUUAUGACAAGGAAAAGUAGCACUUAAGCAUGAAGAUUGUAUUGCUGUUUUCGGCAAAUUCUGAUUGUAUUUAGGAGUUAUAGAUGGAACUCUGAUCUAAACUAGAUUACCUAGAUGUAUUGCUCUGAAAUGGAUGUGCCAUUUAUAGGAAGUGAAAAUGAUAAAGGUGUUGUUCGUCUUCCAAUCUUUUAUGGUUAUUGUAUUCCUACUUUUGAGACUCGAGACAAGGAUGGUUUUACUCCAAGAGAUCCAUCAGUGAUUCAGUGUAGUUUAGCAUUUUGUAUUUCAGCCUAUGCAAAAGUAAAUUCCUUUUACCU